AUGAUAUAAAAAAAAAUAAUACUCAAAUUAGCUAUUAAACAUAACCCACCAAGUUUAUUUGUUAUCUAUCGUUACAAUUUGAAAGAUAAAAAACUUAGAAGGUCACUCAAUUUGAUUAUUUUAGAUAUCGAAUUGAACUUAAUUCCUUAGUCUAUUUACCAACUCCAGAUUUAAUCACAGAGCAACUCUAUAUUGAACAUGAUGAUUAUUUAAAUGAUAAUAAUGUUGAGUAUGAUUAAGUCUUAAAAAUGGUUUAAAUGUUAUAUGAGCAUUAACAAUAAAAAAGUGGAACAAGAAGAUCAGUAAUCAAAAACCUUGAUCAAGUUGAUUCCUAUAUGGAGAGUGAUUAAGAUGAAUUAAAUAAGAGUAUAAUGAUGGAACAAGAUGAUAAUUGGUAAACUCCUCCUAAUAGAAGAACAGGUAUUUUGAUAUCAAUUCAAUUCAAGAAACUAUUUAUCCAAAAGACAAUACUAAAUUUAAUUAAAUUCCUUCAAGUGAAAGCAUGAAUUUAAGUCUAAGUGGAAUGCAGAAUUUUAUGUAAGGUUAAUCAAAAAAACCCAAUAAUCUUACAUAUUUACCUAUCAAUAAUUUUGAUGAGUAAAUAAACAAAAAUAGACGAUUUGUAGAGGAUUAAAUUCAAUAAAACUAAUAAAGUUAUUUUUAGAAUAAAUUCAUUGAGUUACCAUAGCCUUUACUAAACAGAAAUAAUUAAAGAGUCAAUAAUUAUUAUUGA